UUGAAAUAAGCGCCCUGGGCGCUAAUUCGAGGAUUUACGGUAUAUUAAUACAGCUGGCCAAGUUGUUUAACUUUAACACCAAGAAUACAGACAAUACCAGAGUCUGAUGUUUAAUUAACCGGUGGGCUGAAGAAGGCGCUGUUUGGUGGGGCCUUGGUGCCCAAGAGGGGGAGGGAACUUUAGUUGCUCACCGACGGAGUUAGCUAAUUGCUUUUUGGUACUGAGCUCCGGAUGUUCUUUCAUCAUUUCAAUGUUCUACCAUUUUUAUAACAGACAUGUACAACGCAACGCUCCUCCUUGCCUUGGGAUUGGUGAUGGUUGCAACAGCUUCUUCGAAGAUCUGUGAUCAGCUGAAAGAUGGAUGUGUAGUAACAGCUGUAAGUUACAUCACCCGUAAUGCUGCUCCUCCUGCCGGCACAGACACUCCAGUCGUAGGAAAAGUUAAAAUGACGCAAUCGCAAUUUGGUGGCCCUACUUGCAUGUCUGUCUAUAUUUCGGGUCUUCCUCCCUGUUCCACACAUGGUUUCCAUAUCCAUGAGGGAAAUGACACUGUCACUGACGGGUGUCAAAGUACUGGAGGUCAUUACAAUCCAUUUAAAAAGACCCAUGGUGGACCUCAAGACCAAAUACGGUAGCGCACCUGCAGUUACGUCAGACAACGUCAAGGAAGCCUUAAUUGUUCUUUUUGGUCCGAUGUUCCUGUUUAUGACUAAUUGUCAUUCUUUCCCUUUGGUCAAAUAUUUGAGAUCUUUUAAUCAUCUCUUGUGUCGCAAUCGAGAGCUGACUGUGAUCAUGGUCCUCUCACCGUGCCUCUCUCCACCCAGGAUGAGAGCAGGUUCCUAACCCACCCCCACCCACUCGACCCGAAUAAAUUAGCCCGAAUGAACUGUACAGUGAGGCCAACCUGAAAAAAUGUUGAGGGGCAAGAGGGUAGUCUUCGAUAGAUACAUCGGAGUACCAUCCUGGGAAAAUAGCAAUACUCCGGCUUCUUGCAAUGGAGCACUGGCACCGGGGGUAGGCUUUGCCUAAGAGAUUGUACUAACACCACAUUUGGCAUAGCAUUGCUGUCACAAUUUUAACAGUCAUAUUUCCUUCAAUCAAUGCAUGUUGUAUUUUUUGAACAUGUAUGAAAUUUAAAGAAACCAAUUUUAAUAACAACUUAUUAACCGAGAAUGAGGUCCUCGCGGGAAA